UCAUCUAAAGGUGGCAUUAUGCCUCUUAUCUCUAACAGUUAAUAUUAGUUUGCCCGUAUGUUUAAUGAAAAUACCUACGCACGUAUUGUAAGUAUUGGGCCAUUUCAUAAAUAAAGCCGUUCAUUGUUGCUUUACUUAUACGUUUUGUUCGUCGAUUUCAUUCUUAAUGCAAAUUUGGAAGAGCUCUGUUCAAGUUCAACCGCGACGAAGCAAUUGCGGGUCUAUUUCACUUUGUGAGUUUAACUGAAGUACAUAAACGCAAUGUAAAGUUUAUCAAACACUGCAGCAUUACGUGAAAGAGGACGACCCAAUGACAAAAAUACUUCAAAUAUUUCAGUCCAGAAAACGAGUAAUAAAUUACUUGCAACAAUAGAAUGAUGGGGCGAAUCUAGAAUUGCUAUCGCGUCAGAAGUUUCAAAGCUUUAUUCUUUUUCUCUUAUCUUAUGCUUUUCACUGGAUCACUGUUACACAAGUGUCCUUUAAAAACUUCUAUAAAAUAUUUCUGCUAAGUUUUCAAUGGAUAUCUUACCGAUGUAAUAGUGAAACUCGAAAAUUUACAUUGCUUUAAUUUCUUACAGCUUUUAACUUAUAAAUGUGUGUAUUUGUACCAGCAACAUAACCCUUUUCACAUUCGAUUUGCAGAGUUGCAUUAAGAACAUACAAAUCAAUCUUUCAGUGUUGCGACCGUCAAGGAGUCAACAAUAACUAAUGACUUGGACGGAUGUGUCUAAAUUGAUUCACAAUUUUAUAAAGAUCAAAAAUACAUGUUUAACUAAUGAUAUAAACCAUAUCCUGUUUCCGCAUGUUGCAAAGAGGCAAAAAGGAUACACCAAAGGGCAUCGAUUAGGAAUUUAUGAACAUUUGAAUUAAAAGGCAUUAUGGUAAUCAAUCUACUCACUACAAAAGUUUCCUAUAAGUAAACGAAAUAAUUUAAUGGAUUACCUGAUAUUUCUGAUGGAAUUCUAAGAAAAACUUUGGUUUUUUUUUUUAAUCUGAACGUAUGCUUUAAAAUUCUAUAAAUAGUAAGAGAAAUUAAUUUCGAUAUUUAGUCCCAUUUGAUAACAGAGUGAAUGUAGGUAGAGCUUUGAGGAGAAAAAUUAAAGAGAAAAAAGUCUAAUGAUUCUUCUGAGCUCAAUUUUGUUUGUACACUUUGCUUUGUUUUGCAAAGGUGAACAAACAAUUCACAUUGCCACCGAUUUGGGUGAAAUUAAAGGCGUUCAAAUGACUUCACGAUUAGGUGAACACUUUUGGGCUUUUCGUGGUAUUCGUUAUGCUAAGCCGCCAAUAGGAGAAUUGCGUUUUCAAAGUCCCCAACCAAUUGAAGCCUGGAAAUCGCAAAUCUACGAUGCUACGACGGAUGGACCUGUAUGUCCCCAAGGUUAUGGCAGCAUGGAUCUUAUUUCCGAGGAUUGCUUACGUUUAAAUGUCUAUACACGAGACGUAAACGAUUUAAAGCCAGUUUUGGUCUUUUUACAUCCUGGUGGCUUCUAUUCGGGAUCAGGACGUAGUGAUAUUUUUGCGGGACCACAGAAUUUAAUGGAUCGGGAUAUUGUCCUAGUUACACUAAAUUAUCGUUUGGGUUCUUUAGGAUUUUUGGCUACUGGAACAGCUGAUGCAACCGGUAAUAUGGGACUCAAAGAUCAAGUCGUAGCUUUGCGUUGGGUUCAAAAACAUAUCGGAAAAUUUGGUGGUGAUUGUAGUUCAGUUACAUUGUGGGGCUACAGUGCAGGCAGUUUCAGUACAGGCCUGCAUAUGAUGUCACCUAUGUCUAAAGGGUUAUUUCAACGUGCCAUCAUGAUGAGUUCUGCUCCUUUGGGUCAGUUUGAUUUUAAAGAUAAUCAAUUAGAAUUGGCUCAGAAACAAGCUCAGCUAUUAAAUUGUCCCGAAAAGCCUAUUAAAGAUAUGGUUGCAUGCCUCAAAACCAAACCUACGACGGAUUUUGUUAACACUGUUCGAGAAAUGUUUGAAUACGCUGGAAAGCCUAUUUACAACUGGAUGCCGGUAAUAGAAACCGACUUUGGUCAGGAACGUUUCAUAGCUGAAGACCCUUAUAAAAUCAUGGAAAAAGGAGCUAUAAACAAAGUGCCGUUAAUCAUUGGAAUCACCGAAUAUGAAUUCCACUACGUGGCCUAUUACAUUUUACGUAAUGGUACUGAAAGGGUGCUCUUUAACAAAGAUUUUGAGAAAGUAGCACCAAUACAUUUACUCUACGAAACCAAUACAGAGAAAUCGCGUCUAAUUAGCAGAAAGCUUAAAGAGAAAUAUUUAAAUAAUCAAUCGUUAGUUUUUCCUGACUCUGUUGAAAAAUUUGGUCAACUUUAUAGUGACGGUGUUAUUGGUUACUCAUAUCAUCGUUUUCUCGAUAUGGUGUCCAAACAUAUGCCAGUCUUCAGUUAUUUGUUUACCUAUAAAGGCCGUUACAGUCAUUUUAUAAAUCCAAGCACAAAUCAAACCGAAGGUGCUAUGCAUCACGAUGAACUUUUAUAUCUCUUCCAUGUGCCAGUAAGAACGCCAUUGUUUAGCAAAACUGAUCAUGAAAAUAAGAUUAUCGAGCGGCUAACUCGCAUGUGGACAGAAUUUGCUAAAAGAGGAAACCCUAACGAUUCCAAAGACAGCUACCUGAAGAACUUUGAGUGGCCUACGUACACCGACAGUAAAAAGGAAUAUUUGGAAAUCGGCGACAAUCUAACGAAAAUAAACGGUGGAAUUUUUAUGGAUCGUUUCCAAUUGUGGGAUUCGUUGUUUCCUCUUAAAUGAGUUGAUGUUAAUAAGAAUUUUAGAAGUUUUCGGUUUUGAAGACAAUUUUACUGAGACAACUC